AUGAAAGAGCUAUAUGACGAUAGAAAGCCGAAAAAUGAUAAUGAGAUUAAUACCUAUGACCUGGGUGCUUUUGGCAGAUAUGAAUUUUUCCUAUACACUACAUCUCUUGGAGUGAUUAUGGCAAUAUUUUCGCUUGUGGCAUUAAUCACUGGGUUACUGGAGAAAAAGGGUGGAACAUUGGCUGUAAGUUCUGUUAAAUGCUUCAGAGACAUUUAGCAAAUUUUAUUUUAAUCAGCAACUGACCAUAAGAAAAGUGAAGGGAGCGGAAGGAAAAGUUCCUACUAUGCAUGGAUUUCGGUUCCCAAACAAAGUUAAGCACAGUGAGCUCCACGAAUAACUGGAGUAAGAAAUUAAAUCUUAAGUGUUCCAGUCCCUUUUCUAUUGUAUUUGCCUUCGCGCUUGUGUUGCACUUUUUCUUCGCAUGCUCCACGCCACCACACUGUGUGUAGUACUAUGUCUUUUAGCGGUUCGCUUGGUGCACAUCCCUCCAAUGGUUCGUUCCCCACAGUGGUAUAACGCUCAUGAAAAUGUUGAUAGGUGUAUUCAGUUGUCCUAAUGCACAAAACAUGUCUCAGUUAAAGUCACUCUGACUGCUAAACUGAAUUGCAAACGAAGCUGCAAGAAUCUUCAAUGCGUGAGAGGCGCUUGCUCUGCAGAUAUUGUGACCCCGAUUUGCAGCUAUUACUUGCUAAAACAGUUAGCGAAGAUAACGAAGUAAUGUUAACGAAGUAUGUUAAUAAAACUAAUAAUGCCUUCCAAGACAAAGUAAUGCCUGCAAACUAUGAUAAAUAUUCAAUAGAAUUUACACGAUACUUUGAUUUCACAAUUUAUUCCUUUCAGAUGGUCAUAGUACAUGCACUUUGGACCCUGCAGUUACUGGUUUCGACAGCUCUACUCGCUAAAAUCUUGGCCACAUACGAAAAAGAACGAGAUCAAGGAUUGGGAAACAAGCAAUCCUACUGUGAUCAUUUCGAUAAGACAGAUAAAGAUUAUCAAUGUAGUGAAUUGAUCGGUGGAGCG